CCAAAUUGUAUGUUUAAGAAAAGUUGUCAAAUUAAUGGCAACUACGCCAAAAAAAAAUAUAAUCUGUUAGAGCAGACAUUAGCGGUUUUGGUUUUUAAAAAUAUCCAAUAAUUAUAUUGACAUUCCACGUGUAACUGAUUGUAUAAAUACGCUCUCUUUAGAAUGCCACCAUGUAUGCACAUGUAUUAGAUGAAUGUAUGCCAAACACGUGAAUGGGUGCAAGCUAUAUUUUAAAAUUCAAGUAGCAUAUCAAGUGCUAAUUCAAUGUGUACAAUUUAGAAUACCUAAUACACAGCAUAUCCUUCAGAGAUCCGGCCAAACAAAUAAAAGUCUUUGCCGAUUUUAUUACACAAAUAAAUGAUAUCCGUGAAUAUUGGUGAGAAAAAAGAGGGCAUAGCGCUUUACUGUACGUUUAAAGCGGAUUUCAUUAUUUUUGCUACGCUUCAUGCGCUUUGUCCGUGGAAUUUUUUUGCUGCAAAAGGUGGGCAUUGCUUGUGCAUGUCUACAAUCCCCCUCCCCUCAAUUUACCUUCCCGUUUAUGGCACGGCGUUGGCACCAAAAUUAUUUUAUUCUCCCCCAUUAUUUUAUUUUGUGCUGUGGCAUAAAAAAAAAGUCCGAGACAUGAGCUUGCUGAAUUUUUUUAUUUGUAUUGCCUAAUGUUAUUCCUGAUUUUCAAUGCAGUGCCUGCAUUUGAGGAGCCACGCAGGAAAGUGGAACGCGGAUGCGCUCGUGUCAAUCUUUAUGCCAUGUCGCUCCUCCCUAACCACCCCAUCGAUUAGCAGCGAUAAGGCAAUGACCUUUCUUCCACCGUGUAAAAAAAUGCCAAUUAUUAUAAGAAAUAAAAAAUAGCAGCUCCAAAGUGCGUUUGGAAAUUACGAGCAGAGAUGCAAGUGCAAAUAUAGUACCUAUCCGCAAGUAAGUGGAAGCAGGUUUCAAUUGCUUUUGCCGCGUGUCACAAAAGGGAAAAUGCACAAGGCAAAUAGUGGGGUGGAAGUGGCAUUGUUAAUGAAUGCAUGCGUGUGCGUUCCUCC